CAGAGAGAGAGCAGAGGACGGAUCAGAGGGAAAGGGUUUCACCUCCUGUCAUCUUAAGGAGAAGUAAACUUCAAGCAGAGAGGCGGAUCUGUGCAGCAGAGAAGAAGACUCAGUGGGGAAGCAGACUGUUGCUUGGAUUCACACACAUAUCUUCUCUUUGGCCGAACUGACCGCUUCAUGGGUGAAAGAUGAAUCUCGAGUUGUUGGCCGAUUGCGCGAGUGAUUCUGUUGAGAUGGAGGACGUUUCCCAGCAGACCCGGUGACUUCCACCACCGCCUAAUCCUCCUGCUGAAUGUGGAAAGCCUAGGAUGGAAGAUCCACCAAGUGCUGCACUGAGGCACUGGAACGACACGCUCAACUUCCACAACCUCUACCAGCUAAACUCCUCCUUCGCACGCACAAGCACCACCAGCUGCUUCACCACCGUCACCAGCCAGACCGGGACCGGCGCCGCUGGGUGACAGGACUCCACAAUGUUUGUGAAUUUCCGCCGGAUACGAAAAUGCCAGUGUGUGCAGCUGAUGACCACCUGCCUGGUGCUGUCAGUGGUGAUGGUUUGCUGGGAGCAGAUGGACAACAACGUCGUCAGCCACGUCAAGUCCUACUCCUACCGCUACCUGGUCAACCGCUUCACCUGCAUCAACAAGAGCCUCACCAUCCCACGUGAGCAGGCCAGAGGCUUCAGCAACUUCCGCUACCUGCUGGAUCACUCAGAUAAGUGCGCCGGUAAGGACGUCCUCCUCCUCCUCUUUGUCAAAUCAUCCCCAGAGAACAUUGAGAGGCGAAAUGCCAUCAGAUCCACCUGGGGCAAUGAGACCUACAUCCAAAACACCCUGGGAGUGACAGUUAAGGUGGUGUUCGCCUUAGGAACACCUCAGGACAGGGUUGGUUUUCAGGAGCGGCUCAUCCACGAGGACCGUCUCUGUGGCGAUUUGAUCCAACAAGACUUUUUAGACUCUUUCCACAACCUGACCCUGAAGCUGAUCCUGCAGUUCCACUGGAUGCACAGCCGCUGCGCACACGCUCGCUUCCUCAUGACGGCUGACGACGACAUCUUCGUCCACAUGCCCAACCUGGUGAGCUACCUGCAGGACAUGAGCAGCAGAGGCGUCACAGACUUCUGGGUUGGUCGGGUGCACAGAGGUGCACCCCCGAUCCGCAGCAAAGACAGCAAGUACUAUGUGCCCUUUGAGAUGUACCAGUGGUUGUCGUACCCCGACUACACAGCUGGGGCCGGGUAUGUUGUCUCCAGCGACGUAGCUGACAAAAUCUACCAAGCCACACUGACCCUGAACGCCUCUAUUUACAUAGACGAUGUGUUCAUGGGCAUCUGUGCCAAUGCUGUUGGUGUGUAUCCGCAGGAGCACGUCUAUUUCUCAGGUGAGGGCAAAGCGCCCUACCACAUGUGCAUUUAUGACCAGAUGAUGACCUCACAUGGUCACGUGGAGGAUAUCUAUGACCUGUGGAAGGCAGCAACCCACCCGCAGGUAAAGCAGGAGACUUCUGGACUCAUAGGGAGGCUGUACUGCACAGCCGUGAAAAUGUCUCUCCUUUGUAAACCGUUCUAUUUUAACACCUAUCCUUGCAAAGCAGCCUUUUAGUAGUAUUACCUCAGGUCUGUGUGUGUGUAGGUCAGUAUGUGACAGAGAGAGAGGGAGUGUGUCAUAGGUCAAAAUAAUUGGAGGAUCGUGGCUGCACAUAUUACCUCAGUCCUUUCAGUUGGACACCGAUGUCAAAACACUGGAGCAUUUGUUCUGUGUUUCCAGCGGCAAAGAGUUCAUGCUUGUCACUGCUAGUGUGAGAUCAACGACAUGCUAAUAAGGCUGGCUUUGCAUUGAUAUCAGAAUGUGUUAAAAUAGUUCCUAAAAAGAUGCAGUUUGUAUGUAGUCUCAACUCAAACCCCCUGCUCUCCCUCCUAAUCUUGGAUUUUGUUUCCACUGCUGCACAAAUAUCGGUUGCAAAACUUUGGAAUACUGAUGAAAAAGGACGACUCUCUAACUGACAUUUAUCAAAUUUCAUUACGUUAAAAGUAAAAUGCAGUAAGUAACACAUUUGAUUGUUCCUCGUGCAUAGGAGGAAAUGCAGUCAGUCAGUGAUGUGUCAAAUCUAAAAAUGUCUCUAUGUCAUGAAGUGCAAAGUUCCUCCCAUUGGAGUAGAAUAGAUGUGUCAGUGAGAAGACUUUACGAACAGUUUCUGUGCUGAAAAUAAUGAUGAUGUAAUGAUGAUCAACAAAGUGUGGGCUCUUAAUUUAACAUUUUCUUGUUAUAAGAUCUUUUUUUGUAAUUAGAUUUGUGAAAAGGCUUUUUUUAAUGAAAUAAAAUCU